UGCAGAUGAUUCACUUUGAGUAAGUCCUGCUAACGUGUCAGGCAUUUUUUCCACUGUGGACUCGUCUGGUGAUGAUAGACAAGUUCGUUACUGAAAAUAACCUUGGGAAAGUUUCGGAUUUUUAGUUUGUUUGUUUUUUUACAAGAAUUACAACAUGUUUAAACACAAGUAUGUUAGAGUAUUGAGUAGAAACGCGAUAAUGUUUUGCGGAUACUGGCAUGUGGACUUCAUACGCCUCCUGUGUUUCUCCGUCAUGCUGGCUGGAGUUGCCUCAGAAUCAGUAAAACCACCUAAGCCCAAUGUCAACAUCACACAGGAAGGUCGACUCCUCCGUUUUCAAGCAAGCACUCCAAAUUAUCUAGCACCACAAUGUUGGAAAUACAGAUAUAUAUACAGCAAAUGCAAUGAAGAGAGUGAAAUGGUUGAAACAGGAGAUAACCCAACAUUACAUGUGGAAUACGACACAGCCUGCAAGUACGCUGUUCGAGGACAGGUCAUAUACUCAAGCUACUGCGGGGGGGACGUAGACAUUGAGAGUGACAUGAGCGAACCUGUGUAUUAUGGUGAGGAUGGUGACCCAAAUUUGGCAUUUAAAGUGGUUAUGAUCAUCACCCCUUUAAUAGUGUGCUGCUGUCUCAUAGCAGCUAUAGUGCUGUUUAGGAGAAACAAGGAUAUCAUUCUCCCAAAGAUUCCUGAACCAUCCCUGUUUUUCAAGGAUAUGCUUAACAGUACUUCUGAUGGACUUUCAAAGAGCCUGGGUGGAGGAAAACUCUAUGUGCCUGUUAAAGAGGUUGUGGUUAGCGGCGUGAGCCUGGAACCAAAGUCUAUUCUUUUACACCCAAACCAUGAUACCUGCAUCUAAACUACAUAAUGCUGUGCUCUGAAAAUGGCCAGUAGUGGACUAACAGUGACAAAGUCUGGCUCUGAUAUCUAGCAGCUUAAUCUUAAAUCUAUGCGCAACACUGUUGCCUUUUAAGAGCUACUUAGUUCUGUGCAUUCCUUCAUUCUUCAGGCUAGGUAAAGGACUGUCUUGCAUUCACAAUUGUAUUAGAUAGAUUGUGAUUUACUCAGUGGCCGUCUGAGUUCAUGUAUGAAUGAGGAAAUCAUGGUGACAUCUCUUCACAAGCUCAGCAAAGCCAGACCACAGGCCCUGGGAUCUGCUGAGUCCCGAAAAUAUUCAGUAAAGAAAGAGAACGAUGAUGUGCUUGCAUUACUCAGGAGUAUAGCUAUAUUUCCCCACUUGGGUAAUAAUGCAAAUGGAAACGGGUAACCUUGUAAAUAAAAGGACACUUAACAUAGACAUUUAGCCAUCUUUUAUCAUCUGUCCCACUUCUGUACAUAAGUGGCAAUUUCAAUCUAAUAUUAUAUGGCUGUAUAGUGUAUAUAGGAAUAUCUGCAAAGAAAUGUUUUCUUCAUAUUUUGCUCUGUAAAUAAAACUGAGUAUGGUUACCUAUG